AUGGACUGACUUCAUGAUGGAAUCAGGCUAUUUUGUAAUAGUAGCCCAACUGAGCCAGUAUGAAAAUCAAUUGCAGAUUCUAUAAACGUAAACAAUCCCCGCAAUGAUUUCGAAAUGAUUGACGACUUUCUUUGCAAUAAAACUUAUUUAGCUGGAGAAGCUAUCUCUUCAAAUGACUUUUAUGUUUGCUAUAAAUUGAAACAGAUUCCAAAAUUUUCUAUGCCAAGCAUCUAUAGCUAUUUGAUUAUUAAUGGCCAAUUAUUCCUAUUUUAAAAAUAAUAGCAUUUUAAAUCCGCUAAAUAUUUCAUCAGAUCUCAUAUCUUGAGUAUAAAAUAUUAUCAAGCCCCAAUAGGCCUUUUCAUUUAUGUCGAUGGUUUAGCCAAGUUAACUCAGUUUUCCCAGAUGACUCUUUCAGUUACUUUGUGAAACAGAGGCAAAGAAUUUCUAAAUUGUUGAUUGAAGCACUAAAAGAAAAUGAUAUGAAGAAAUUUUUCAUGCACUUAGAAAUGCUAAAACAAAAUGAGCAAUUCAUUGGAGUCCUAGGGAUCAAGCCUAUCCAUAUAGCUUGUGAGCAAGAAAAUUUAGCAGCCUUAGUCAUGUUAGUAGAAAAAGGGGUUAGUAUUGAGCUAGAAGAUGACGAAGGAUUAACGCCUAUAUUUUACACACUUAGAGGCCGCAAUCUUGAUAUUUUUAACUAUUUAAUUUCAAUUGGAGCAAAUAUCCAUCAUAAAGACAAACAAAAUCGAAGUCUCUUUUAUUUUGCUGUCAGCUCUAUGAAAUUCAGCUUUGUAAAAAUAUUGCUUGAUUUAGGCUGCAAUGUAAAUAGCUCUACUACCCUAGGAAGCACACCACUAACACCUCCAUUAGAGGUUUAAUUGUUUUUCUCAAUUUAUAUUAUAAAUAUCUUUAUUGAAAAUUUGAAAGUAAAAAAUAGUUUAAUUACAUUUUAGAAUAAAAGCUAAUUAAUUGAAUAGAGUUAGCUAUAGAUUUCAUUUUAAUAAUCAGUAUAAAUAUAUCAAAAUUCGCUUAUAAAAAUUAUUUUGCUUGCUCACGAAGGGUUAUUUUGCCACAAAAAGAAAUUUUCCAAUGAUUUACUUACUUAGAGAGGGAUUAAGCAAAGCUGCAUGGAAUGGGGAUACUAAAAUAGUUGAAUUGCUGCUAAGUGUGAAAGGGAUUGAAAUUGAUAAGCCAGAUUCAAGGUUAAGAACUCCGCUUCACAACGCAGUUUGAGGAUGCGCAAGCCGAAGACCAGGCACUCUCAGCUUAGCGGAUAGCUCUGAAUGUGCAAAACUUUUAAUUGAUGCAGGAGCUAGCAUAGAAGCUCUUGAUGAUACUGGAAAUAACCCUUUAUGCAUUGCUGCUUACUCUUGUGCGAUAAAUUCAUUGGAGCUUUUGCUUGAGUAUAAUGCAAAUAAAUAUCACUUCGGAAAAGACGGAUAUACACCUCUCCAUCAAGCUUUAAUAAGAAGCCAUUUGAAUUGUGCAAGCAUACUAAUCCAGAAUGGAAUAGAUCCGAAUUUAAGCUGCAAAGAUGGAAGGAGUUGUCUUCAAGUAGCCAUUGCUCAUGAGCAAGAAAGAUCUGUUAUUUUUCUGCUUGACUUAGAAGAAGUUCAGCGAUCACAUAUUGAUGUUAUUUUCUGUAUAAGGCAUGGAUCUUCCAAAAUUCUUGAAUUACUAAUAAAUAGGAUUGGAACUCCAGAUGAUUUUUUUGAAAAAUGUAUAACAGAAGGAAAUGAUGACUGCGCAUUAUGAGCAGUGAGGAACAAAAGUUCUUUAAGUUAUCAUGAAUUUAAGUCAGUGGUAAUGAGAAGCAAAGCGUUUUCAGAAAUUGCUCUUCCAAGAUGAGUAGGAAAUAUUAAACAUGAAAUACUUGAAAAGUUGCUUGAUUAUGACUUAGAUAUAGAAAAAAUUUAUCAAAUAGUCAAGCCAACAAGAAAAACGCUUCAAAUUGCGAUAAAUAAAGGCAAGGAAGAACUGGCAAUGCACAUUUUGUCAUGCAUCCCUGAUCUAUAUAUUGAAAAAGAUUCAAAAUCAGGAAGGACAGCUUUGCAUUUUGCUGCAGAGAAAGGGCUAUGCAAUCUUGCUUCACACCUUGUAGGGCUAUCAAAUAAUCCCUCAGAAUAUAUCAAUUUGCAAGAUUCUCAAGGACUGAGCUCUAUUAUAAUUGCCGAGCAUCAUGGGUAUUGAUAUUUAUCCGCAUUUCUCAAAGAUUUUCAUAGCCAAAGCUCGAAUAAUAAAAUUGUGAGUUACAUCACUCAAAUCGAGUAUGAAGAGGUUUAUGAUCAAAUCCCAACCUAUCCGACCCCUUUAUCUGAAAUGAAAACAGCCUUUUAUGAAAUAAACAUAAAAUUGAGAGAAUUAAACGAAACAGAGCUCAUAUGGGUUGAUAACCAAAUAGCAUUCGAAGAAAUGGCUUCGUAUUUCAAUAAUAUAUCAGUGAUUGGCGUCGAUCUGGAAUAUUAUUCUUUUGAGCCUCGUAAAGGAUGCAUUUCAUUAAUCCAGCUGUCAAGUGGAGAGAGGGAUUUUGUGAUUGAUCCGUUUGUUAAUAGAAGUAAAAUAGCAGCAUUUAUGAAGGAGUUGAUGAUAGAUUCAACUAAAACCAAAGCCCUUCAUGGCGCAGACUCUGAUCUUUUGUGAUUGCAAAAUGACUUCUUAGCCUAUUCAGCUAACAUUUUUGAUACUGCUAGAGCUAGCAAGCUGAUAACUGGAGAAAACGACUGUCCUUCAUUAGCUUCAUUGAUAUAUGAAUACUUAGGUCUAAAAAUCGAUAAAUCUUUCCAAGUGUCAGAUUGAAGAAUCAGACCUUUACCUUCUCCAAUGCUAAAUUAUGCACGAAUUGACGCUCAUUAUCUGCCCUAUCUCUACAAUAGGCUAAAACCUCUGCUAAAUCCUCAAAAUCUCGAAGAAUUUUUUUCCAUAUUAAAUUCAAUGUGCCAUAAAAACCCUACAGGCAAACUUAUAAGAUUAAAAAUCUUAAAUUGUGGAUAA